AACAAGGAAUAGUUUUCACUAGUAGACGUCUGGGUUUGUUUUCAUACUGAAUACGGUGGGAUAACUGAAUCGUGCACUUAUAUCAGUUAGUUGGAAAAAAAUAGAACAUUGCUUAUGGUCUUGCGUAAAUUUAGAGCCAUAAAUUUCCAUUUGAAUCCUUGUCACUGCUAACGUCAAGUUACUUGUCACUUUCUACCCAAAAUUGUCCUUGUUUUAGCAAAAUUAUCACAGCAGGAAUGAAAAUUUCAUAUUUUCGAUUUAAGCGCAUGAUUUAAUACAAAGAACUUGAAACAUAACCAGCGAAUAAGAGGCUAGAUAUUGUAAAAAGCUUAUCGCUGUCAAUUUCGUUGAGAUAAUAUUGCUUGGAUGUUUUAACACCUGGCGAACUGAGUACACCACAAACUUCAGUUUGAGCUCCAUCUGAAACGUAACUUGACAAAUUUUGGCUAUUUUGAGAUACAAUUCUAAGAUGAGACACUUCUGCGUGCUUAUGGACUUCGUUUAUUUUCUCUCUCAAUUGUAUUGCUUCAUACUACAACUGGCCACAGGAAAAGUGGAAUCUUAUCUCGCAAUCGCAACUUUUAAACAUAACGAAUUUUACAUGAAUGGGAGUCUAAUUUUUGCGGGUUUGUUUCCCAUACAUUACGCUCCGCAGAACAACAGCACAUUAAAGCAGUGCCAAGGGAAAUUCAAUACCCGCGGCUUCGAGCAAGCUCUGGCCAUGUUGUACGCUCUGGAACAAAUCAAUAACGACUCGAAGAUUCUUCCAGGAAUUCCCAUUGGGGCAGACAUCAAAGACACUUGUAGCAGCGUUGACUCUGCGAUCAGAAAGUGCUUAAAUUUCAGUUUUGUCAGAAAUAACAUGGAGGAUAUGAUGUGCGAGAAAACACUGCACCCAGACGUCGUUCACGAUCCGAGAACAGUCGCAAUUGUUGGUCUGGGCUCCACCGAUGUAGCAAUGGCGGUGGCCAAUUUCGCAGGGCUGUUUUAUGUCCCUGUUGUGAGCUAUUCCUCAUCGAGUAGACUCCUUAGCAACAGAAUUCGUUUCAAGUAUUUCCUUCGAACGAUUUCCUCAGAUACCCUGAUGGCAAGAGCUGUCAUCGAUUUUUUACGUGAGUUAAAAUGGAAUUUUGUCCACGUUUUGUAUUCAGACACAGACUAUGGGCGAUCAGCAUUCGAGACUUUCGACCAUGUCCUCUCAGCGUCCACUGGCGCGAAAAUUUGUCUGGCAAUAAAAAGAGCUUUUACACAACAAUCAAAAUCCCGUGAUAUCGUGAGUUUCCUCGGGAAGAUGCAAGAGAAUGAAAACGCGAAAGCUAAAGCGGUGCUUCUUUUUACAACAGUGGGAGACACCGAGUUUAUCUUGAGCCACUUCGACAAACUCAACAUGACAGAUUAUGUUUUUAUUGCCACCGAUCACUUUACUGGGCGUCUAAACAGGUUUAACAGUUCACCCCAAAUGUUGCGACGCAUUGUUGGUGUUGUACCACGUAAGGGAAGGACAAAGGACUUUGAAGACUUUUUUCAAAAGGUAUUGGAAACAGGAAAACUGAAACAAUUUCCAUGGUUUCACGAGUUUAAAAAAUGUUAUUUGAAACCCCCUUUAGAACUGUCUACUUAUGUUCCAUACGUUAUUGAUGCGGUGUAUGCAACGGCGCAUGGUCUUCACAACCUUCUGAAUUGCACGCAAGCGAGAAGCUGUAGAUAUUCCACUGACGAAUUUCCAAGUUUGAACAGGAACGACGGUUUUCUCAAAAGCAUUCAAAAUGUCAAGUUCCCAGGCUUGUCGCGCGAUCAAGUUUCUUUCGACGCUGAUGGCAACGGCUUGGGUGCUUAUGACAUCACAGUGGUCAACACUGAGACAGAACAAUGGGAAACAAUCGGGAACUGGAUCUCUAAUACGUCAAAGGUGGUUGAUCUCCCCGUAAAUGAGUCAUUUCUUGAAUUGAAUUUGACAAAACUGAGAACGUUAUGGAGAAAGGUAUUCAACAGUACCGUUGAGCCCACUUCAUUUUGUGGUCAGCAGUGCCCACCAGGACAUUGGAUGAUUUUAGAUGAACGUUACCAGAGCUGCUGUUGGAAGUGUGCUCCAUGUUCCACCAAUGAGAUUUCUCACAAUCCUGUGAACGGCUCAUGUAAACGCUGUCCUCCUCGCUAUUGGCCAAAUGCAAACCGCACUGGUUGUUUACCCAUAAUUCCAACUACCAUCAAGUUGAGUGACCCAGCCGGCAUAUCGGUGGGCGUGGUCGCAGCGCUCGGUGCUCUGUGCAUGUUGUCUAUCACGAUUGUUUUCCUUCGUCAUGGCCACUCACACGUGGUGCGUGCGUCCAGCAAAGUCCUGAGCUACAUUAUGCUUUUUGGAAUAUCUUUGGGUUAUCUGACUGCCGCUUUGAUUUUGCUGGAAAGAACAAAAACUUUAUGCCAAGUCGUGCUUUUCUUGUUUAGUAUCGGGUUCUGUAUCGUGGUCGGGACACUUCUGAUCAAGACAAACCGGAUACACCGGAUAUUUAGUAAAAAUGCAAUGAGGAAAGGUACCCCACCAUGUUUGAGCGACAGAUGGAUGGUAGCCUUCAUACUUGGCUUUGUUCUCAUAGAAAUAGUCAUCUGCGUCAUCCUGGUAUUCACCAAUGAUCACUUCACAGAAGUCGUUUAUACUGACAUGAAAAACGAAGCUUUCAUUCAAUGCAAAUUUGCAUCCUUUGAUAAUUACAACAUUGCUCUUUGGUGGGGUUUCAAUUGUGGUCUGGUUUUGAUUUGCACGUAUCAAGCCUUUCUUACAAGAAAAGUGCCCGGGAAUUAUAACGAAGCACGCUUUAUAGCUUUUAACAUGAUGACCAUCUCCACAGAUCUGUUGAUGUUUUUCCUCUCUUAUUACGGCACUAAGACUUAUUACAAAGACAUUCUUGUAAGCGCUUUCUUAAUCGUGGCAGAUACCGUUACGAUCACGUGUAUGUUUCUACCAAAAGUCUACGUGAUCGUGUUUCGUCCUCAGAAGAACGUGGACUCCAGAUCGACAGUCAGCCUGGGAACAAUUGAUGCCGACGAGGACGAAGGCCAACCCGAUAGGAAAAUCAGCACCAGGUCAAACACGUCAUUGCUAAGUUCUCCGUCAAAUCUCAGUGGCAGUCAGAUGGAAACGAGAAACAACUCAAAUAACCACGAAAACAACGUAGAAAGUACAAACAGAAAGAUAUCAUCGGCUCUUACAAACGGUAAUCUCCACAAAUCCUGGAGCUCAGAUGGAUGCAGUGAGCGUCCUGAAGUUGAAUCACGUGACUCAAGUUUGAGCGUGCGCACUGUACGAUUCGAGGACGAAAUUGAUUCUGAUUUGAUGCCGGAUUCUCCAACUUUUCAUGACAGUCUUCCAGAGGAGUUUGAUUAUCGACGCAGGGAGUCGACUAUCUGAGCUUGUUUCUUCCUUAAAGAUGAGAGCUCACUACAUAAGUAAACCUGGUAGAUUGUCAUUGAUACCGAAACUCUCUAUUAUUCACCCGUCUAUCCAAGUUUUCGUCUUUCGUUUGUUUAAGAUACAUUAGCGGAUCAGUCUACCAUUGGCCGGUCCACUCGUUCAUUUAGCCAAUUUUUUCUUUUCCAGAAAGUCAAUCGGUCGAUAGAUCGGUCAGUCGGUCGGUCGG